UUGUUUUUGACGAGUCAUUUGGAUUUUCUGCUUGCUGCUUACAAUUUAUAUUUUUUGUGAUUAUCAUCGAACAAGCGACGGCGGCAAUACAAACAAAUUACUAUUCAGCUUUGCAUUAAAAUAAAGUGAAAAAAGAAAACAACACAACAUGGACAUGCUGCUGGCAGCCGAAAGGGAUGAUUUGGAACUGAAGCCAAAAGAUGCGCACAGCUCGCUGGAUGAACUGGACAUGGAUGAUUUGUAUGUGCGAUACAAGAAAUUGCAAAAAACACUCGAGUUCAUUGAGGUGCAAGAAGAGUACAUCAAGGAUGAGCAGCGCAAUCUGAAAAAGGAGUAUUUACAUGCACAAGAGGAGGUGAAACGUAUACAGUCUGUGCCCCUGGUGAUUGGCCAGUUCCUCGAGGCUGUCGAUCAGAACACUGGCAUUGUUGGUUCCACCACCGGCUCCAAUUACUAUGUGCGCAUCUUGUCCACCAUCGAUCGUGAGCUGCUGAAGCCAUCGGCAUCGGUGGCACUGCACAAGCAUAGCAAUGCCUUGGUCGAUGUCCUGCCCCCAGAGGCAGAUAGCUCCAUUUCCAUGCUACAGCCGGAUGAGAAGCCCGAUGUCAGUUAUGCCGACAUUGGUGGCAUGGACAUGCAAAAGCAAGAGAUACGCGAGGCUGUUGAGCUGCCUCUGACCCACUUCGAGCUGUACAAACAGAUUGGUAUUGACCCUCCGCGCGGUGUGUUGAUGUAUGGUCCUCCCGGUUGCGGUAAAACGAUGUUGGCCAAGGCUGUGGCACAUCACACAACGGCAUCCUUUAUACGCGUCGUGGGAUCAGAGUUUGUGCAGAAAUAUUUGGGCGAAGGACCACGCAUGGUGCGCGAUGUGUUCCGCCUGGCUAAGGAGAAUGCGCCAGCGAUCAUAUUUAUCGAUGAAAUCGAUGCCAUUGCCACGAAACGUUUCGAUGCUCAAACUGGCGCCGAUCGUGAAGUGCAGCGUAUUUUGCUGGAGCUGCUCAAUCAAAUGGAUGGCUUCGAUCAGACGACCAAUGUGAAGGUCAUCAUGGCCACCAAUCGUGCCGACACUUUGGAUCCCGCUCUCCUGCGUCCCGGUCGCUUGGAUCGUAAGAUUGAAUUCCCACUGCCCGAUCGCAGACAGAAACGUCUUGUGUUCUCGACCAUCACAUCGAAGAUGAACCUCAGCGAGGAUGUCGAUUUGGAGGAGUUUGUGGCGCGACCCGAUAAGAUUUCGGGUGCGGAUAUCAAUGCCAUUUGCCAGGAGGCGGGCAUGCAUGCAGUGCGUGAGAAUCGUUACAUUGUCCUGGCCAAGGACUUUGAGAAGGGCUACAAGAACAACAUCAAGAAGGACGAACAGGAGCACGAGUUCUACAAAUAGAGCGGACCGAUUAGCAUUACACUUUUCUUUCCCUUCCCCCCAUUCUCCCCCUCAUCCCGUUGGUAAACUUAAUGCUACGACUAAUAACAAAAUAAAAAACAAAUAUAUAUAUUAUAUCCUUUAUAAA